GGUUAUUCCACCUGUCAAUCACCUUACUAAGCUAGGGAGUCUCUGGCAAAAUGACUUCGUAUUUUGAGGAGCAUAACUGCGAGCCGACGAAUCCUGAGGAGCAGUAUCGACAGAACGCGUUGUUAGAGCUGGCGAGGUCUCUUUUAGCGGGGAUGGAUCUAGACCUUGGACAAGUAGACUUUUCUGACUGGGAUCACAGAUUACCACCUGCAGCUAAAAAAGAGAUUGUACAGAAUCUUCCUUCUGUUCCUGUGACACCAGCACAGGCAGACAGGGGCCUCAAAUGUCCAGUUUGCUUAUUAGAAUUUGAGGAAGAAGAGGUUGUGAAGAAAAUGCCCUGUGAACAUUUCUUCCAUUCUGGUUGCAUUGUGCCCUGGUUGGGAAAGACUAAUUCAUGCCCUUUGUGCAGACUUGAAUUACCCACUGAUAAUGAAGAGUACGAAGAGUACAAGCAAGAGAAGGAGAGAAGAAAACAGAAGGAGCAGCGCUUGGAAUAUUUGCAUGAUGCUAUGUACACGUGACCACCAGCAGGUGGCCUUUCUGGAAACAUGCCCAUCUUUGCUGUGCAUUUGACUGGCUUCCAAUUUAUGUGGGUUGUACAGUGACCCCCUAGGCUCCUUGAGCAUAUACCAACUGGCACCAUUCUUUUUCUUCCCUCUUUUUAAAACAAAUGCAGAAUAAGAAUCAAUGGCAGCUUCAUGCAGCAUGCAUUAGAAAGUCCUAGAGUUGCACUUUACCUCCUUUUGCUCGUGUAGGGAUACAACUACCAUACUUAUUGUGACUGUUUGUUCCAGUGGUGCUGUUGCUUUAUAAACUUAACUCCUUUGUUUUAAAUAUUUAAAAUUAUUAAUUAAAAAUACUUUCUAAGAAACAUCACUUUGUAUGACAUUCCCCUUUUAUAUAUGCAUUUCUUUUUAUACAAAAAAGGUCUAAGUCAUUGAGGCAAUGCACUUUUGUGCCUGUGGGAUACAGCUUGAGUUAUUUCUUCCAUUGCCCUGGCAUCAUUGUUUCUUGCUCCCUGUUAGCUACAUGGUCCAGGCCAUAGUUUUCCACUGGGAUGCCAGCUCCCAGAUCCGUUGGUGAGGUGUAAGGUAAUAUGGGUCCUAAUGCACAAGUGGCCUGCCAUGCUGACAGAACACCUUUGCCCCCAGGCUCACCGUGGUCAAAGCUGCCAUUUAAAUUGCAUUCAAAAUCACUUUGGACCUGUUUAAAUAAUGUUUCUUUUAACAAAAUCAAAAUUAAUUGUAAAAGUUAAAAGACCAAGAACACGCAAUACUUGAAACAAUUGAAAUAUUAAUUUAGUUGAAUCAAAUAAAUAUCUUUGCUUUACUUUUCGUAGUUCUUCCAUUUGUGUCUGAGUUGAACAAAUGGAGAUGUUUGCAUUCCAUGAGGCACCUGCCAAGAGUACACAGGUACUCCACAGCUAGUGCUUUGAACAACGUGCUGUUGCUACACCCUCUGCUCAGGAAGAGCCUAGUUUAAGGUAAAUCUUGAAACAAGACAGGCCCAAAUGUUGUGCAGGGAAGCCAUGUAAUCAUUUUUCGCCCAAUCAGUUACUGAUUAUUUGAUGCACAUUUCCCCUUCCUAUUUUCUAGGGAAUGAUUCAUCCUUGGGUAUGUUUCUGCUAGUCUCUUGUGGAUAUUUGGGAGAGAAUAUAUAGUGUGCAAUUAUCAGCAAUUUAGUUGACAUGACAUCAACAGCUGACAUUUAUAUAGGGCUAUUAAUAUGGGUGCACAUCUUGAGGCAAAUCACAAGAGCAUAAGUAAGGGAAACUUUUAAAUGCUUACUCGAUAAACAGUGAUACAACCCUAAAAGUAAAAUUGCUAAAUAAAUUUCACCUUUUAAACUCAAA